AUGCCGCCUUAUGGUUAUUCAAGUGGCCCGCCACAGGCACCACCGCAAUCCCAACAACCUCCAUUUUCAAUGCCACCAGGUAGUGGUGGAGGCGAAUACGGACAAUCCCGCUAUGACAGUGCUGGGCCACCACAACUCCCACCUAUGGGUGGAAUACCUCCUAAUGUAGGGGUUGAUCCUAAUGCAGGUGCGAUGCCGCCGAGUGGACCUCAUCAAGUCCCUCCACAGUCUGUUAGUGGGGUUCCACCGCAGCAACAAUUGUCAGUUAAAUCAGGUGCCACUCCUGGUGGGCCUUCACAACCUGAUUCUGUAACUAUUCAACAAAAGAGCCAGGCGCCGCCACAAGUAUCAUCCAGGUCUACUCUUGUGGCAGCAGAAUCCACACCGAAGCCUCAAGUAACUGGAUCAGCAGACCAGCCACCCCAACACCAGAUCAAUCAGCCGGGUGAGGAUCCGCCUCCGUCAGAAACGAACUCUACACCUCCACUAUCGCAUCCACCGUCAUCAACCUCGUCUAACUGA